AUGCCCGUGGUGCAUGCCUCGGCGCUGGCGGGCGCGUGUGCGGGCCUGGUAAGCAGCAUCCUCACCUGUCCGCUCGACGUCGUCAAGACGCGCCUGCAGGCCGCCGGCGCACUGCCGGCACAGCUGUGCGGCGCGCCCAACUUUGGCGCCUCGGGCAUCGGCGGCCGCGGUGAGUAUGCGCGCCCGAAGCCGGGGGCGCCGGCGCCGCCGCAGCGCGUGCCGGGCGGACUCAAUGUUGGGGCGGUGCUGCGCAAGAUCUGGCACGAGGACGGGCCGAAGGGCUUCUACCGCGGCCUGGGCCCGACAAUAUUCGGCUAUCUGCCGACGUGGGCCAUCUACUUUACCGUGUACGAUGCGUGCAAGAGCGGCUUUGCGCGGAGAGAGAACGCACACGACGACGAGUUUCUCGUGCACAUCGCCAGCGCCAUGACGGCGGGCGCGGCCAGCACGUGCUGCACGUCGCCGCUCUGGGUUGUCAAGACGCGCUUCAUGGUGAGGCGAGCCCUGGCGCGCUCUGCACAUGCCAGGCUGCUCACGCUUCUCCACCCGCAGCUGCAGUCGACAAAGGACUCGGACGUCCGGCCAUACCGGCAUACGGGCGAUGCCUUUGUGCAGAUAUGGCGCACCGAGGGCUUCCGCGGCUUCUACCGCGGCCUGCUGCCGUCGUUGUUUGGCGUGAGCCACGUGGCGAUCCAGUUUCCGCUGUACGAGCAGUUCAAGAGCUGGACUAUGGACCGAGUAGGCACCGACGAGCUGCAGCCAAGCGUGAUCCUCAUGUGCUCGAGCAGCGCAAAGAUGAUCGCCUCAGUGCUCACGUACCCGCACGAGGUGCUGCGGACACGCCUGCAGAUGCAGCCGCGCAUCGCCGCCGCCGCCAAGGCCGUCGCAGAGGGCACGCCGGUCGCCCCACCGCCGCCGCCGCCGCCAGCAGCAGCAGCGCCGACGCGGCCAGGGCGGCCAGAGAAGGCGCCGGGGCGGGCGCUGCACACGCUCGCCUCGACGCCGCGCGUGCGUGCCGGAGGCGGAGCCACGUCGUCAAGAGGCGCCAGCCGUGGCAUCUCGCACAUGGGCAACAAGGGCAACGGCGGCCGCUACUCGGGCGUGCUGCAGGCCUGCACGACGAUCGCACGCGAGGAGGGCAUCCGCGGCUUCUACCGCGGCAUGGGUGUCAAUCUCGUGCGCACCGUGCCCAGCUCGGCCCUGACGAUUCUCACCUACGAGGUGAUGAUGCAGCACCUCACGGCCGGCGACGAUGACGGCGACGCGCACGUGGGCGACACAACGACUGACAGCGACGGCAAGCGGUGA